UUUGAAUGAGGAGCGUCGCCGCUGCGCUGCUUCUGAGAAGGCAAAUGGAAGUGGCGUUGGAUUCAGCGGCCGACGCAGCGCGGCAGCAAGUGAAGGACGAGCUGCCCGAGAAAUGUCAGAAGCUCUUCUCUGAGUUUCUGGAGCAGUUUUGUUCUAUUGAUGGUGAAGUGAAGUAUCUUCAAGGUGCAGAGGAGCUGAUGCGACCAGAGCGAAACACUUUAUUUGUGGAUUUCACUGAUAUAGAGCAUUACAAUCAACAGCUGGCAACAACCAUUCAGGAGGAGUAUUACAGGGUUUAUCCAUAUGUUUCCAGGGCAGUGCGAAACUUUGUUCGAGAUCAUGGCAUUGUUCCUGUUUCUAAGGAGUUUUAUGUUGCUUUCCAAGACUUUCCAGCGAGACAAAAAAUCCGAGAACUCACAGCGGCAAGGAUUGGGACUUUGUUGCGCAUUAGUGGUCAAGUGGUUCGAACCCACCCUGUUCAUCCCGAACUGGUGAGUGGGACUUUCCUCUGCAUGGAUUGCCAGUCAGUUAGUAAAGAUGUGGAGCAGCAGUUCCGCUACACCCAGCCAGCCAUCUGCAGGAAUCCAGUCUGUGCCAAUCGUCGCAGAUUUAUUCUGGAUCCCAGCAAGUCUCGUUUUGUGGAUUUUCAGAAGGUGAGAAUUCAGGAAACGCAAGCAGAGCUUCCUCGCGGCAACAUUCCUCGCAGUGUGGAGGUGAUAAUGCGGGCAGAGGCUGUGGAAUCGGCUCAGGCUGGGGACCGAUGUGACUUCACUGGUACAUUAAUUGUAGUGCCUGAUGUAGCUCAAUUCUCAACCCCAGGUGUCCGAGCAGAGACCAGCAGUCGACUUGCAGGACGGCAACAAUUUGAGGCUGAAGGAAUACAAGGUCUUAAAGUUCUGGGGGUGCGAGACCUUUCCUAUAGAUUAGCUUUCUUAGCUUGUUACGUGACACCUACAAACCCUCGGUUUGGAGGAGUGAUGUUCAGAGAUGAACCUCAGACAGCAGAAAACAUCAAGAACCAGAUGACAGUGCAGGAAUGGGAGAAGGUGUUUGAAAUGAGUCAAGACAAAAACCUUUAUCACAAUCUCUGCACUAGCCUUUUCCCUACUAUACAUGGUAAUGAUGAAAUCAAGAGAGGAAUCUUGUUGAUGCUGUUUGGUGGGGUUGGAAAGAGCACAAUGGAGGGUAUAUCUCUCCGUGGCGACAUUAAUGUUUGCAUUAUUGGUGACCCGAGCACAUCAAAGAGCCAGUUCCUUAAACAUGUGGAGGAGUUCAGUCCUCGUGCUGUCUACACCAGUGGUAAAGCCAGCAGUGCGGCAGGGCUGACUGCAGCUGUUGUGAGAGACGAAGAGUCAUAUGGUUUUGUGAUUGAAGCUGGAGCUUUGAUGUUGGCUGACAAUGGUGUAUGCUGUAUUGAUGAAUUUGAUAAAAUGGACCCCAAAGAUCAAGUGGCAAUUCAUGAAGCUAUGGAACAGCAAACCAUUUCAAUUACAAAGGCAGGUGUGAAGGCCACACUGAAUGCUCGAGCCUCUAUCCUGGCAGCAGCAAACCCCGUUGGUGGGAGGUAUGAUCGAUCCAAAUCUCUGAAGCAGAAUGUAAACCUUAGUGCUCCUAUUAUGUCAAGAUUUGACCUAUUCUUUAUCCUGGUGGAUGAAUGUAAUGAGGUUACAGAUUAUGCCAUUGCCAGACGAAUUGUCGACCUUCAUUCAAGGUGCGAGGAAUCUGUUAAUCGAAUCUAUUCGGUAGAGGACAUUAACCGAUAUUUAUUAUUUGCUCGGCAGUUUCAACCAAAGAUAAUGAAAGAGGCCGAGGAGUUCAUUGUGGAAAAGUACAGACUCCUCAGACAGCGUGAUGCUUCUGAAAUAAGCAUCAGCUGGCGUAUUACUGUUCGUCAACUGGAGAGCCUGAUCCGAUUAUCUGAAGCUAUGGCCCGUAUGCACUGUAUGGAUGAGGUCCAACCAAAACAUGUGAAGGAGGCAUUUCGGUUGCUGAACAAGUCAAUUAUUCGUGUGGAGACGCCAGACAUCAACUUUGACCAGGAAGAGGGUAAUGACCAAAAUGGUGCAAAUUUACCUCUAAACAGAGGAUCUUUUAUUGAAGUUAUGGAGGUAGACCAGGACACUCUGAGGUCUGAAAUGCAGCCUGCUCUAAAGAUGUCAUUCACGGAAUACAAGAAGAUCUCUAACCUGUUAGUUCUACACCUGCAAAAGGUAGAAGAAGUGGAAGGAGAUGAGGCUUUUCGGAAAAGCGACUUGGUAAAUUGGUACCUGAAGGAAAUGGAGAGUGAGAUUGAAACCGAGGCUCAACUAAUUCUAAAAAAGACUAUGAUUGAAAAAGUUAUUCACCGACUAAGUCACUGUGACCAUGUUCUGAUUGAGUUGAAAAUGUCUGGGCUGAAGAGGCUAAAGGCUGGCGAAGGUGAUGAUGUCAUUGAAGAAGAUGAUCCCUUCUUAGUAGUUAAUCCAAACUAUGUGCUUGAUCUUUAGCAGAUAUUACAUUUCCAAAAUAAAUUAUAAAUGAUUAUUGUUGCAGUUUACAUUCAAAUUAAAAUGCCUGUAACACUACUAAUUAUAUCUAUGCAAGUGCUAUUAUAACUGAAGGAAACAAGUAUUGCAGUGGUACUGCAUCAAUUGUCUAGUUGGUGUGAAGUGUUGUAUUGCAGA